AUUUUAUGAGGCGCGGAGUUGAAAGACAUGGCAACUUGUUCGUUGUUACCAUUACAUUGUUAAGCGGGAAACGAAAGUGCAGUCAAACGUCGACGCUACGUUGUGUUUUUCGAAAUACAUUAACCAAACAAUACCAAAUUUCAAUGCUGUCAAAUGAAGAUGGUGGCUCGGGUAUGUCGACGUAAAGAGGGCGAACAUGUACAACUUGUUUUCCUAAAGAAAAGAAAAUGAGGGCACAAGACACACAGAGACAAAUUGGAGCUGAUUGGAAAGGAAAAGCUGGUGAGAUGAAGUUGUCAGUAAAGUCCCGUCUGGCACUCCUCAAACCUUUAGAAGGGAAAGUCUUCUAUCUUGACCUGACGUCCAACAGAAAAGCUGAGUCACUGGAGAGAGCUAUCAAACAUCUCGGAGGAAGCGUUGACAGGUUCUUCAGCAAAGACAUCACGUACCUUGUAUCCAACAAAAGGGAAACUAAAUACGUGCAAUGUCCGAGACAAGACUUUCCCAGUCCGCAAUCUGCAAGUUCACCUUGCCCCAAACCAAAUCAACCCCAGCCGGUCGGCGGUUGCGACACCAAGAACAGGUCUCAGGGUCUAGCUGACUCGUUUGUCACAAGCUGCGGGAGGUCUUCAGUAGAAAAAACUGUGAAAGAACAGGACAUUUUGCAGACUGACAAGAUUCUGUCAAAGGCUCUGGAGUGGGGUGUAAAAAUCGUCUACAUUGAUGAAGUGUUGGCGUAUAUUAAGAAGAAAAAAAAGACCAUUGCAAGCCCGUGUCCAAUCACUGCUGCAUCCAAAACAACUGUCAAACACGCAUCGACUGCAGAACUCACUUGUCAGGAAUCCAAAGGAGGGCGGAUCGGCAAACCUUUCGUCAAGGUUGAAGAUUCAAGCAGACAUUACCGUCCGAUAUACGUCACCAUGACGGAAAUGCCCGAGUUGAACCUGAAGACGCUUGCGCCUCGUUGUCCCUUUGUGGUUACUGGUGAAAAGUCCGCCGGGGACAAACAGCGAGUCAACAAGACUGUCAAAGCAACAGGACGGGAAGGACAAGCUUCCGGUCGGAAGAACAAAGACAAGGAAGGAAGCGGCUACUGCCAGUGCUGCAUGGACAAAUAUGAAAACUUGAUUAGCCACCUGCAAAGUGAACGUCACCGGGCUUUUUCCAAAAGCGAAGCUUACCAAGUGUUGAACCAACUCGUAACUCCUCUACAACGCAGCUUCACCCGUUUCAACACUUUUAUUAAAAGACACAAGUCCAGCGUUUCGUCUGUUCAACUUGACACUGGACCAUUCAGGGGACUUGAUAUCAGAGCCGCAGAGAUUAUUAAGGAGGAGCAGCAGCCUAUGGAAUUUUUUUCUUUUCCAUCUACUUCAGGCCUUCAGUCUGCUACGCCGCUUCCAACUUCUUUGACUGCCUCCCUCAGCUCAAAUCUAAGACGCGUGUCACAUAAACGGCCGUGCAGACGCAAUUUGAUGACUUUGUCACCUCCAAAAGCGGCACAGGAAAUGCGGCCCUCUAGCGGCGAAAGCUUGGCCAGAAGCCCGGUAUUAAUUCCUCAGGUCAACGUUGAUGUGCACGUACCUCAUGAAGACACACGCAGCCCUCAGGAGCCACUUUGUGAGUCAUACUUGGGAAGCCCCAGUGCUGUCACAAAUCAACAAGAGGACACUAACAGGAGCAAAAGGCCACCUGGGAACGCCAUUGGAAAUGGAGAGCAUCUUUCUUCACCAAGCUGCUUUCCAGUCGAGACAGUAAGGAGGAAAGUCAGAGUUUAUAAGCGGCAAAAAUGGAAAUUCGACACUACACAUGAAGAGCGUGUAAAGCAGAAUGACACUUGUGACAACUCUCCCGAACGCUCUGGCAACUUUUUCUCUCCAGCGAUAAAAGGAGAUGUGGAAUUAGCGCAGAUCUGAGGACCAGAAGAGAAUGAACAAAGCACUGGAGAAUGCAGAAGGAUGGAUAGUGCUCAUAAUUUAAUAGUGCUCUUUUUUUCUGUAUCUCCUACAACCUGUGGCCAGUGCCAUUGUAAAAACAAAUACAACCCCAGAGGGACAGUUAUUGAAAAAAAAUCCAAAGCAUAGCUUUAUCACGAAUGUAGCAUUCCCCUUGGAGCAGUGGCAUGGCUUCUAAUUAGAAAAAAUAUAUAUAAUUUAAAUUGUUACUGUUACAAUUACCAUAAUAUUGUUUUUCCUUGAGGAAAAAAAAAUCAAAAUAUGUGGAGAAAGAAGCUACACACGUGAUGCUUAAUAAAAGUCCACGUGGAAAAA